AUGGGGAUGCUCGUGGCGCUGUCGUGCUACUGCCUCGUUGUCAUGUUCACGCUGAAGCGGAAGUCGAGCUCCAUGGCAGGCCACAUGCACACCAUCACUGGGGCACUGCAGAUUCUGGUCGUGCUGUGGGCGAUCGUGCAAGAGCGUUGCUUCCGCGAGGCACCUGGCGCAGAGUGGGCGGUCCUGACGUUCGUUGUGUACAUGGUCAACAACGUCACGAUGUGGCCACUGCUCAAGUAUUUCAGGGGCCAGGAGGUCCACAGGAUGCUGUUCAAGCUUGCCUAUUCUUUCAUCCUCUCCUUCCAGGGGAUCCUCGUGAUCGCCUGGUCGCUGCAGUACGAGUGGCUGUACUGGUUCGUGAUGCCGUUCUGGUUCUACAGCGCCAAGAAACUGUUCGAGGCGUCGGACAACGUCGUAGCGCUGCUCCCUGACGGAGCUCUGCCAGUGCCUGGCAUGCAGGCUGCAGCGCGACAGCGCGUCAGCGGUAUCGAGCCCGACACGCUCACCAUUGUGUACUCGGCCUUGAAUUUUGCUGGCGCAGUCUUUGACAAUAUGUACAUGGCAGUCUACACGUGGCGAGGGCCAACGGGCUUCUGGGGCUGGUCCCUGGAGAACAUAGAAGGGGUGAACGACCACCUCCGCACGGGACUCACGAAGCCUGCCUUUUGUUCACUGACCAUCUCUGUUCUUGUGUUCUUGGGGACCCUCGUGCACCGCAAUAUCAUCAGUCGUGAAGUGGCCCUCGUGCUGAACGUGGUGUUGGCGAGCGCAGGGCCGUGGCUCAUAUUGUAUUAUCAUAAGCUUGUCGACUGGUCAGAGCCAUGGCAGCCAGAGAUAAUGGGCAACUGGGGCAGCAUCCCAUACUUUCUGCAAGGCGUUACACAGUGA